GAUGCUCCAUCUCCCUUUAUUUCUCCAGCAGCAGACGUUUCCAUCGUCAUCAUCAUCAGCAAAGGAGUCAAAGCUCCCAACUUUCUCUCUCUACAUCUACAUAUCUUUCUGUACACGAUUCACUCUCCCUCUGUUUUCUUGAAUCCCUAAUCUCUCCCAGACCCGACACAAUUUCUAUUCAAAUCUCCAACUUGUCUCAUUUUCCCUCAUACUUCAAGCUCCCACUUUUUUCAUUUUUUUAAAUUGUUUUCGUUCUUUUCCAAAACCCUAGUUUCAACUUCUGUUCGAAACAAAAUAAUAAUAAUAAUCUCAGUUCGAGCCAUUCGGAGACUUGUAGACUCUUCAAAUUAUUUGUUUGAUUAUCAAUUUUCGAGUUUUAUGCAAUUUCGGCAAGUGGUGGUAUUGAGGGCGUCUUCAAUUGAUUCAUACUGCUUCCUGUCUUUUGUGCAGCAGGUUUGAUUGUAAACAAGUUGCAUGAGAUGAGAUGCUUUGGGUUCCAACAUGCUUGGUGCUAACAAGCUAAGGAACUGGCAGUGUAGAUGAAUGAUCCUACCAUUGAGCUUUUACUGCAGUUUGACUUGCAUAGCAUCUUAUUGGGGUCUGAUGCUGGAGGCAGUAUGCUGGUUAUAGUUGGGAGAAAUGCAAAGGUAUCAUAAUGCCAGCUGCACAAGUGCAGUCAAUAACAGUGCAAUUGGUGGGCCAUCGGCCAGGGAUACUUCCCGAGCAGAUUUGUCUUCACUGCCAGCUAAUUUCUCCCUGAAUCAAAGGCGUCCUUCACAGGCAACACCAUACAAAUUGAGGUGUGAUAAAGAACCUUUGAAUUCAAGACUUGGCCCACCUGACUUUCUCCCACAGACUCCAAAUUGUCUUGAGGAGACUCUGCCCAGGGAAUAUGUGCAAUCUGGAUACAGGGAGACUGUUGAGGGCCUUGAGGAAGCUAGGGAAAUUUCACUAUCUCAGGUUCAAACUUUAACUAAGCCCAUUAUCCUAAAGUGCAAAGAGGCAAUCAGAAAAUGCCACAGGGCCAUCAACGAAUCUCGUGCUCAAAAGCGUAAGGUGGGUCAAGUUUAUGGUGUGCCUCUUUCUAGUGCUCUAUUAUUAAGUAAGCCUGGUGUCUUCCCCGAUCAAAGGCCGUGUGGAGAAGAAUUCCGCAAGAAAUGGAUUGAGGGUUUAUCACAACCCCAUAAGCGGUUGCGUUCUUUGGCCGAUCAUGUUCCUAAUGGCUAUAGGAAGAAAUCCCUGUUUGAAAUUCUUGUAAGGAAUAAUGUUCCAUUACUGAGAGCAACUUGGUUUAUCAAAGUAACUUAUCUUAAUCAGGUUCGGCCCGUCUCUGCUAGUAUAACUUCUGGGGUGCCUGACAAGACUCAGAUUUCCCGCACAGAGCAGUGGACAAAAGACAUUAUUGAUUACUUGCAGUACCUCCUGGAUGAGUUUAUCUCUAGAUAUCCUUCUCAUUCAAAUAGUGGGUCAAUGCAGCAGAAGAGCGAUCCAGCUUCAGCACUUCUUGAUGGUGAGGAGCCUUCUUUACAUUUUAAAUGGUGGUAUGUGGUGCGGAUUUUACAAUGGCACCACACAGAAGGGCUACUUCUUCCUUCACUCAUCAUUGAUUGGGUUCUCAAUCAAUUGCAGGAAAAAAAUCUGUUAGGGACUUUGCAGUUGUUAUUGCCCAUCCUAUAUGGCAUCAUAGAAACCGUUGUCUUAUCUCAGACCUAUGUACGCUCUGUUGUCGGAUUAGCUGUUCGUUUCAUUCAGGAACCUUCCCCAGGUGGUUCUGAUCUUGUAGAUAAUUCCCGGAGGGCAUACACUACAUCUGCUCUGGUUGAGAUGCUUCAGUACAUGAUACUGGCUGUGCCCGAUACUUUUGUUGCAUUGGAUUGCUUUCCUUUGCCAAUUUGUGUGGUAUCUCAUGUGGUGAAUGAUGGGAAUUUUUUAUCAAAAGUUUCUGAUGGUGCUUCGAAAAUAGAUUAUGGUUCUGUGCUUAAAGAUAAAGGGCUUGAACCUCAAUAUCAAUCCUUUUCCCUUGAUCAUGUUGUUUCAUUAAUUCAGAAACGUGCCGAAAAUCUUGCAUUGGCAGCAAGACCUGGCUAUCGAGGUCGCAAUUUUGCUAAAGUUGUACAGGAAUUGGAUAAGGCUCUUAUACUUGGAGAUGUGAGAAUGGCUUAUAGUCUUCUCUUUGAAGAUCUUUGUGAUGGAGCUGUUGAUGAAGCUUGGGUGGCGGAAGUCAGCCCAUGCCUGAGAUCAUCUUUGAAGUGGAUUGGAACAGUAAGCUCUUCAUUCGUUUGCUCUGUAUUUUUCCUUUGUGAGUGGGCAACUUGUGAUUUCAGAGAUUUUAGGACGGUUCCGCCUCGUGGCAUGAAGUUCACUGGUGGAAAAGAUUUUUCUCAGGUAGACCUUGCAAUUCGGUUUUUAAAGCUAAAGAUAAAAGACAUGCAAAGUUCACUUCAAUGCAAGAAUGACAGUACCCCUGUAGUUAAUAGCCAUGCAAAAGGUCCUGGUCUGCUGAAUAACUCUUCUGGCAGGAAUCUUACACGAACUACUAAUGAACAUAAAAAUAAUUUGAGGAGUGUGGAAAGAAAUAAAGAGUUAGAUAUUUUUGAAAGCCCAGGUCCGUUACAUGAUAUCAUAGUAUGCUGGAUUGAUCAGCAUGAAGUUCAAAAUGGAGAAGGUUUCAAGCGGCUUCAACUCCUCAUUAUUGAACUCAUUCGAUGUGGCAUUUUUUACCCUCAUGCCUAUGUGAGGCAGUUGAUUGUUAGUGGAAUUAUGGAUAACAAUGGACUUCUUGUUGACCUGGACAGACGGAAGAGGCACUAUAAAAUCUUGAAGCAGUUGCCUGAGCCCUACAUUCGUGAUGCUUUGGAAGAGGCGCAAAUCACUGAAGUAGUGCUUUUGAAUGCCAUGCCUGUUUACUCAAAUGAACGGCUUCUUGUGCUUCACGGGCUUAUUGAUCAUUGUAAGAAUCCAAACACUAAAAAUAGAUCAACUAAGAAACAAAAGCAUCAUCCGACCUCUGGCUGGGAUGGUGCUUCUCUCCCUUCUGUUGAUCAGUGGAGAACUCUUCAAUCAUCAUCCAGUCUGUCUGAUAAAAAUUUCAAUAGAGUUGCUGACCUUGAAGAGCUAAAGGCUGCUAUCUCAGCAUUAUUGCGGUUCCCAAACUCUUCUUCUACAUCCACCGACACUGGAAUUGAUGAGUCUCAAGGGAGUGUUAAGAAGCGUGUUGGAUCAAAUAACAAUAAAAUGGAUCCUGGGGAAGGUACACCUGGGUGUGAAGAAUGUGGAAAAGCAAAAAGACAAAAGUUAAGUGAGGAGAAGAGCUUAUACCUUCAGGGACUUUCACCUUAUCCAUCAGAUGAUGAAGAAACCUGGUGGGUGAGGAAGGGGCCAAAAUCCUUUGAGGUUUUAAAGCCUGAUCCACCUCCUAGGCCAGCCAAACAGCCCUCAAGGGGUAGGCAAAAAGUUGUGCGUAAAACUCAAAGCCUUGCUCAGUUAGCAGCUGCCAGGAUUGAAGGUAGCCAGGGAGCAUCCACGAGCCAUGUUUGUGACAGUAAGGUAAGCUGCCCUCACCACAGAACUGGUUUUGAUGGAGAAACUCCUAAAUCAAUGGAUGGGAUCAGAACAACCCAUUGCAGAGAUAUUGUCUCUGUUGGAAAAAAUUUAAAGCAGCUGCAGUUUAUGGAGAAGAGGGUUAUCAUGGUCUGGUUGGUAGCUGUGGUCAGGCAACUUGUUGAAGAGACUGAAAGGGCUGCUGCCAAUGUUGGUCAGUAUGGUAGGCCUUUUCCUUCUGUUGAUGACAAGAACUCUGAACGGUGGAAGCUUGGUGAAGAUGAGUUAUCUGCUAUACUUUACUUGAUGGACAUUUCUAAUGAUUUAGUUUCAGCAGCCAGAUUUCUGCUUUGGUUGUUGCCAAAAGUUCUCAUUGGCCCCGUUUCUGCAUUUCAUGGUGGGAGGAAUGUUCUCAUGCUGCCAAGAAAUGUGGGAAGCCAUGCAUGUGCAAUAGGGGAGGCAUUUAUUUUGUCAUCAAUUCGGAGGUAUGAACAUAUACUUGUUGCAACUGAUCUUCUUCCUGAAACUUUAUCUGCAAUGAUGCAUCGUGUGGCCACUGUUAUGGCCUCUAAUGGAAGGGUUUCAGGGAGCUAACGGUAUGCAGCCUUAGUUUAUGCAAGGUACCUGUUGAAAAAAUAUGGCAGCGUAGCUAGUGUUGUUGAAUGGGAGAAGGACAAUAAGGCAAAAUUAGAUAAAAGACUUAUUCCUGAACUUGAAUCUGGAAGAUCACUGGAUGGAGACUUUGCAUUUCCACUUGGAGUUCCAGCUGGAGUCGAAGAUCUUGAUGGAUUUUUACGUCAAAAGAUAAGUGGUGUACGAGCAUCUAGAGUGGGUUUGAACAUGAGAGAGAUGGUGCAAAAACAUUUUGAAGAAGUUUUUCAGCUUUUCUAUGGCAAAGAGAGGAAACUGUUUGCUGCUGGUUCUAUCAAAGGCCCUUCUCUUGAGAAAUGGGAUGAUGGGUAUCAAAUGCCGCAACAAAUAGUAGUAGGCCUAAUGGACUGCAUGAGGCAAACGGGCGGUGCUGCUCAAGAAGGGGACCCCUCUUUGGUGUCCUCUGCUGUUUCUGCAAUUGUUAACAGCGUUAGUCAAGUUAUAGCAAGAAUUCCUGAUUUAACAGCUAGUGGUAAUCAUCCAAAAUUUCCAUCUUCUAUUGGGUCAUUAAAUUUUGCUCGCAGGAUUUUACGUAGUCAUAUUACUUGCUUACAUCUUCUUAGAGAAGCACUCGGGGAGCGUCAAAGUCGUGUGUUUGAGAUUGCUCUUGCAACAGAAGCUUCUUCUGCCCUCGCUCAAGCUUUUGUUCCUGGGAAGGCUCCUCGUAGUCAGUUUCAACCGUCUCCUGAAACUCAUGAUUCCAAUGCAAACUUGUCAAAUGAAAUCUUGAACAGUUCUACAAAGGCAGUUUUUGGAAGGGCUGCAAAAAUUACAGCUGCUGUUUCUGCACUUGUUGUUGGGGCAAUUCUUCAUGGAGUUGCUAACCUGGAGAGAAUGGUGGCUGUCUUUAGAUUAAAAGAAGGGUUGGAUGUAAUACAGUUUGUAAGGAGUACAAGAUCCAAUGCAAAUGGUAAUGCACGUGCAAUGGGGGCUUUUAAGAUUGAUAACUUGGUUGAAAUUCCUGUCCAUUGGUUUAGAGUGCUUGUUGGGAACUGCAGAACGGUUUCUGAUGGAUUGCUCGUGGAGCUUCUGGGCGAAGCAUCUGUAGUAGCUCUAUCCAGAAUGCAACGAACACUCCCUCUCAGCUUGGUUUUUCCACCUGCGUAUUCCAUUUUUGCUUUUGUGAUAUGGAGGCCAAUUAUCUUCAACACUAGCAUUGUAACCCGCGAGGACAUCCAUCAUUUGUGUCAAUCUUUGGCAUUGGCAAUAGGUGAAGCCAUAAAGCACCUCCCUUUUCGAGAUAUCUGUAUGCGAGACGCUCAUGGUUUUUAUGAUCUUGUAGUUGCAGAUGCCACUAAUUCUGAGUUUGCUGGGUUGCUAGAAUUGAAAGGUUCAAACAUGCAUUUGAAAGCAAUGGCAUUUGUUCCUCUCCGUGCAAGGCUUUUUCUAAAUGCCAUCAUUGAUUGUAAAAUGCCACACUCAGAUGAUAUGAGUCAGGUCUCGGGACAUGGUGAGUCAGGAGUCCAGUAUGCCGAAAACGAGGCACAGCUUAUGGAUAAGCUUGUACACAUUUUAGAUACUCUGCAGCCUGCAAAAUUUCAUUGGCAAUGGGUUGAGCUCAGGCUUCUCCUAAAUGAGCAAGCCCUGAUUGAAAAAUUGGAGUCCCAUGAUGCCUCCUUAGCAGAGGCUAUACGCCUUGUCACCCCAAUUCCUGAUAAAGCAGCUGCUUCCGAGACUGAAAGCAAUUUCAUCGAAAUCAUCCUCUCAAGAUUACUAGUCAGACCUGAUGCUGCUCCCCUUUUUUCGGAGGUCGUGCACCUCUGUGGGAAGUCACUCGAGGAUUCGAUGCUACUGCAAGCUAAAUGGUUUCUUAGAGGAUCUGAUGUUCUUUUUGGACGGAAAUCCAUUAGGCAACGGCUCAUUAAUAUUGCUGAGAGUAAAGGCCUGUCAACUAAGGCCCAAUUUUGGAAGCCAUGGGGAUGGUGCUAUUUGAAUUCGAAUCUUGUGACAAAUAAGGGAGAGAAGCGGAAGUUUGAAUCCAACUCUCUUGAAGAAGGGGAGGUAGUUGAAGAAGGAAUUGACUUAAAAAGAUUGGCAAGAGGAUCCACUCAAGUGUUAGAUGUUGAAGGCUUUAACGUCUGUCAGCAAUAUGUAACUGAGAGGGCUCUGAUUGAAUUAGUUCUUCCUUGCAUUGAUCAGAGCUCUGAUGACUCGCGCAAUACUUUUGCAAGUGAAUUGAUCAAGCAGAUGAAUAAUAUUGAGCAACAAAUAAAUGCAGUUACCUGUGGAACAAGUAAGCAGGGUGGAGCAAAUAAUUCUGGAAUUGAAGGUACUGGAAAUAAAAGCAAUAGCCGAAAAGGUAUGAGAGGUGGUAGUCCCGGAGUAGCUAGACGAUCAACAGGAGCGGCUGAUCCUGUUCCACCUUCCCCUGCUGCAUUGCGAGCUUCCAUGUCAUUGCGUUUGCAGUUCCUCCUCAGAUUGCUUCCACUUAUCUGUGCUGAUAGGGAGCCAUCAAUUCGUAACAUGAGGCACAUGCUCUCCACAGUAAUAUUCCGUCUCCUUGGAAGUAGGGUUGUGCAUGAACAUGGGGACCAGUCCUUUGCCCCAGUGCUGAAUUCCUACUUAAAGAGGGAUGUGGAGUUGUCAAUGGAAGCCUCUGCUGCUUCUGCUCCAGAUUUAUCGGGUGAAAAUCUCUUUGAUCGCUUAUUGUUAGUGCUGCAUGCUUUGUUGAGCAGCUGUCGGCCAAGUUGGCUUAAGUCAAACCUCAGCUCGAAGUUGACCCCUGAAUGUAUGAAGGACUUCUCUGUGUUUGAUCGAGAGGUGGCUGAGAAUUUGCAGAAUGACUUGGAUCGCAUGCAAUUGCCCGACUCAAUUCGGUGGCGUAUUCAAGCUGCAAUGCCUAUUCUUUUCCCGUCUUCCAAGUGUUCAAUUUCCUGCCAGCUGCCAUCCGUUUCACCCGUUGCCCUUUCUUCACUUCAAUCCAGCAUUUCAGUAUCUGGGUCACAUCCUGGAAAUUCAAACUUGCCCCCAAGGAAUCUACUUUCUUCUGGACGAACUGGGACUACUGCAACUGGGAAGAACAGGCCUUCGCCAUUGCCAUUGCAGCAAGAUGUUGAUGCAGAAAUAGACCCGUGGACACUCUUGGAGGAUGGAUUGGGAUCUGGCCCGAUUACGGCUUCCGGAAUUGGCGGCAAUGGUAAUGGUAAUGGUAAUCUAAGAGCUUCGAGCUGGCUUAAGGGGGCUGUGAGGGUGAGACGGACAGACCUCACAUAUAUUGGUGCUGUGGAUGACGACAGCUGAUUAUAAAUUUACUUCAUUCUUGAUUUCCUCCGAAUGAGCAACCAACCCUUGAAGGUAAUUUUUGAUAUCUUGCUCUUGCACCAUUGCUGCCAAGAUUACCCUUUGGUGGUUGCUUAUUGGUGGCAAACGGAGCUGUUCAGGGAUAGAUUCUUAAACACCUGCUUCUGCUUUUGGGGUUUUGGCGGAUGGUGGGGCGUGGUGGUGGUGGGGUUGGUUUGGCAAAGAAACGAUGCUCUUCAGCACUUGGCAGCAGCCCAUCCAACCAGGGCCUUGGGGCGUGCUUGACUACUAACCCUUGUGUCGCCUCCCCUUUCUGGACCGUGCAGUUAUGUGGCAUGGUUUGGAGGUUUGUUGUACAUAUAGAGAUAAUUGUUUGAGUUGAGCCGAAUGAGCUUUAGCUUGUUUUAUGCUCAUCAAUAUUUUGUUACAUCUUACCGAUUGAUCUGAUUCAAGUAGCUCAAGAACAAUUGGUAAUUGUUUAGUGCUCAUCCAAUGUCUUUCUAUGUCUCUAUUUCUCUCUUUCAGGUGUGUUCGUAGACAUAGACAUUACAUACUCAUCUAUAAACAUAAACACAUGCUGUGGCAUUUGCAUGGAUUCUUGUAUUCUUUCGAAAAUUUAUCUAUAUUUAGAAUUUUUUUGGAA